AUGGAGUCAUCAAAUGCAAACGGGUUAACAGUCAUCAUCGUCGGUGCAGGACUUGCAGGAGUGAUGUUGGCGCUGCUCCUUGAAAAGCAAGGCGUCAACUAUUUCAUCCUCGAAAGAGCACAGGCAGUGAAACCCUUGGGGUCUGUUAUGUCUAUCAAUUCCAAUAUUCUACCGGUGUUUGAGCAACUCGGAUUAUUUGAAGACGUCAAAAAGAUUUCGAAGCCAUGUAGAAGCAUAGGAUUACACGACCUUCAGAUGAACAAGAUCGUCGACAUCAACAUGGCCGACUACGAACAGAUGACCGGCUACCAGCCUGCUGUCUUUGCUCGACCUCGCCUUUACGAACUUAUGGUUUCCCGUGUUCCCGCGCACAAGAUUUUCAGAGGAAAGAAGGUCGUGUCAAUCGAAGAGACCGUGGAUCACGUCGUCGUCAAGUGUUCUGAUGACUCGCAGUACCAGGGCGACAUUGUCGUAGGAGCCGACGGUGCGUAUUCAGGAGUUCGGCAAAGUCUUUUCAAGAAGCUGGAGGGCGAAGGUCAACUGCCCAAGAGCGAUACUCAGGAUCUGACCUACGGAUGGGUCUGUACGGUCGGACUAACUAAGGCCAUGGAUCCAGAAAAGUAUCCGUUCCUUAAAGAUGAUGUGUCUAGGUUUUCACAGGUCAUUGGAAAAGACCUCCUCAAUUACACAGCGGUUACGGUUACAGAUAACCAAAUGUGUUGGUCCCUAGUUGUUCAGCAAGAAAAAGAAAAUGCAGUCAAAGACCCGAAUUUGCGGAACGCAGAAUGGGCCGCGCCUGAAGCGCUCGAAACUUCCUUGAAAGAGUUUUAUGCGUUCCCAUGUCCUCUUGGGGGAAUGAUGAAAGACCUCAUUGAUGCCACGCCCAAGGAAUCCAUUUCGAAAGUCUUUUUGGAGGAGAAAAUGUUCGAGACAUGGCACCAUGGGCGAGUGGUGCUCAUCGGCGAUGGCGCCAUCAAUGCUAUGCAAGAUGCAGUCAUUUUGUCAAACUGUCUAUACGACUUGAGAUCUACAAAGCUCUCUGAAAUCACUGCGGCAUUCAAGGACUAUCGCGAACAACGCUAUCCUCACGCGCAAUCCCAAUUUGACAACAGUCGACUUGUUGGACGACUCACAUGUGGCCAAGGCUUCUCUGACAAGAUACUUCGCUACUUUGUGUUCAAUAUCCUCCCGGCAUCUAUCCAGCGACAGCAAUUUCUCAAGGCCGCUUCCUAUCGGCCCCAAGCAUGCUUUCUCCCUUUGGCAGAGAACCGUGGACAGGGACCUGUCAUGCCGCAAAAGCCAUCCUGGAGACGAGAGCUGGAGCUUCAUCAAGAGCGGCAACAUUCUAACGAACAACAGCCCGUAGCUGCAUAG